CUCACCUUCGGACCUGACUACUCUCCUUUCUGCCACUCCUUCUCCCCUUACCUGUCCCCUCUCUCCUCCCUCCGUUACUCCUCUGCCACCCUUCCGCCAAGUUACGACCUUCCACCGCUGUUCCGUACUUUGCACUCGGACACCGCUCGUACCUUACUCCGAGCCUCCGUCAUAGUCCCCACCUUGGACUUUGACUCCACCUCGGCCUUAGUCCAUUGCAUUGGUGACCUCAUACUACGUAAACACCAUUGCCAAUAUUCCUCGGACUUCCAACCCCGCCUCCGUAACCUCUGUAAGCUCCGCAACCCCCAAGCUUCACGGACCGCCUUCGGCACUCUCGCCGCCUGUAAUGUAUUUCUCGCGUUUUCCCUUCAUCCCUAUUUGGACUACUGCUUCUUUCUAUUCUAGCCAGUUAGUCAUCAUCCCCACUUCCCCUCAUCCUCCUGCCCCUCUGGGCCUCGCCCUCUCUACCUCCUUUCGGACGUAUCACAGGUCUUGCCCUAUGACCUUCGGUACCGCUCCGCCCCCUCUACCCUUUGUUCCCAUUCGGACAGACUUCCUGCUCACCUACUGUGAAAUUAAGGACCAAAUGGACAAACAGCAAUGGCACAGCGCUCCGCUUGAGUCGCUGAGGCCAAGGUCCCUCCACGCUAAGUCUCCGAUUCCACUCCGGAGUCCCAAUUUUGGGGGGGAUGCGUUCAUCCCUUUCUUGUACAGUCAAUUCCUGACAUUGAUGUAA